UGGCCGACGGGAGCCCCACUCUGGGGAUGAAUGAAGCUGCUGGGCAGGUUGAAAAAGUCUCCUUCGCUUUUUUCCGUCUCUUCAGAUUUGGUUCUGCGUUUGUGAGCUGCCUACCCAUCCUGCCCCCAUUUUAUCGACGGCCGGGUUGGUCCCAGCGUCUGAGUUCUUGGUGCCCGAACCUACUUGGGGCGCAGCCAGGGUUUGGGGAUCCGGAUGAUCGCCUAGGCCCAACUUCGGACCGCGUUCUCGAUUUCUGCCGCGUCCUGUCUUUAAGACGCGGAAUCCCAGAGGGGCCCCGGGAGGCUGCAGGGUAGACCAUAAGGAUCAACAGUGAUAAUGACGGAGUGUACAAGUCUUCAGUUUGUUAGCCCUUUUGCUUUUGAAGCAAUGCAGAAAGUGGAUGUUGUUCGUCUGGCAUCUUUAAGUGAUCCAGAGUUGAGACUUCUUCUGCCUUGUUUGGUGCGGAUGGCACUUUGUGCUCCAGCUGAUCAGAGCCAGAGCUGGGCUCAGGAUAAAAAACUUAUACUUCGCCUUCUUUCUGGAGUGGAAGCUGUCAACUCUAUUGUUGCAUUGUUGUCUGUGGACUUUCAUGCUCUAGAACAAGAUGCCAGCAAAGAGCAGCAGCUCAGGCAUAAACUUGGAGGAGGCAGUGGUGAAAGCAUCCUGGUAUCCCAGCUUCAGCAUGGACUGACCUUAGAAUUUGAACACAGUGAUUCCCCUCGUCGAUUACGUCUUGUGCUUAGUGAACUAUUGGCGAUUAUGAACAAGGUAUCUGAAUCCAAUGGAGAAUUUUUUUUCAAGUCUUCUGAGCUCUUUGAGAGUCCAGUGUACUUGGAGGAAGCUGCAGAUGUACUUUGUAUUUUACAAGCAGGUACUGUGCUGAGUGAGCUCCCUUCCUUACUUCCUAUAGUUGAUGUAGCUGAAGCCUUGCUACAUGUUAGAAAUGGUGCCUGGUUCUUGUGUCUCUUGGUGGCCAAUGUUCCGGAUAGUUUUAAUGAAGUUUGUAGAGGUCUGAUCAAAAAUGGAGAGCGACAAGAUGAAGAAAGUCUUGGGGGAAGGCGCAGGACAGAUGCUUUACGCUUCUUGUGUAAAAUGAAUCCUUCUCAGGCCCUCAAGGUCCGAGGCAUGGUGGUGGAAGAAUGUCACUUGCCAGGCCUUGGAGUGGCUUUGACUUUGGAUCAUACUAAAAGUGAAACUUGUGAAGAUGGAGUGAGUGACCUGGUUUGUUUUGUUAGUGGUUUGCUUCUUGGAACAAAUGCAAAGGUCCGGACUUGGUUUGGAACUUUUAUCCGAAAUGGACAGCAGAGAAAAAGAGAGACCAGCAGCUCUGUCCUUUGGCAGAUGAGAAGGCAGCUUCUUUUGGAGCUGAUGGGCAUUCUUCCCACAGUCAGAAGCACUCGCAUUGUGGAGGAAGCUGAUGUGGAGAUGGAGCCCAACGUGUCGGUGUACUCGGGGCUGAAGGAAGAGCACGUUGUGAAAGCCAGUGCACUCCUGCGUCUGUACUGUGCUUUGAUGGGGAUCGCUGGCCUCAAACCAACUGAAGAAGAAGCUGAACAGUUACUGCAGUUGAUGACAAGUCGUCCUCCUGCUACACCAGCUGGGGUUCGCUUUGUUUCCCUUUCGUUUUGUAUGCUACUGGCCUUUUCCACACUUGUCAGCACCCCUGAACAGGAGCAGCUGAUGGUGGUGUGGCUAAGUUGGAUGAUAAAGGAAGAAGCUUACUUUGAGAGCACUUCAGGUGUCUCUGCUUCUUUUGGGGAGAUGUUAUUGUUGGUGGCUAUGUACUUUCACAGCAAUCAGCUGAAUGCUAUCAUUGACCUAGUCUGCUCCACUUUGGGAAUGAAGAUUGUAAUUAAGCCAAGUUCCUUGAGCAGGAUGAAAACUGUCUUUACACAAGAAAUUUUUACUGAGCAGGUUGUCACAGCCCAUGCAGUUCGGGUCCCUGUCACCAGCAACCUGAGUGCCAAUAUUACCGGGUUUUUACCUAUUCAUUGUAUUUACCAGCUUCUCAGGAGUCGUUCCUUUACCAAGCACAAAGUGUCAAUUAAAGAUUGGAUUUAUCGACAGCUGUGUGAAACUUCCACUCCACUCCAUCCUCAGUUACUUCCUCUAAUUGAUGUGUACAUAAAUUCUAUACUUACUCCUGCUUCUAAAUCUAACCCAGAAGCCACAAAUCAGCCAGUCACAGAACAAGAGAUACUCAAUAUUUUCCAAGAAGUCAUUGGGGGCGACAGCAUCCGCCUUAAUCAGCGUUUCAGUAUCACGGCGCAGCUUUUGGUGCUCUACUACAUCCUGUCUUAUGAGGAGGCUCUUCUAGCAAACACGAAGACUUUAGCUGCCAUGCAAAGAAAACCCAAAUCAUAUUCUUCUUCUUUAAUGGAUCAGAUUCCUAUCAAAUUCCUUAUUCGACAGGCUCAAGGGCUACAACAGGAACUGGGAGGGUUGCAUUCAGCUUUACUGCGUCUCCUUGCAACUAACUACCCACAUCUGUGUAUUGUGGAUGACUGGAUCUGUGAAGAAGAAAUCACAGGGACCGAUGCCCUGUUAAGGCGAAUGCUGCUGACUAAUAAUGCGAAAAUCCACUCUCCUAAACAGCUUCAAGAAGCAUUUUCAGCUGUCCCAGUAAAUCACACACAAGUGAUGCAGAUUAUAGAACACUUGACUCUAAUCUCUGCCAGUGAACUUAUACCAUAUGCAGAAGUAUUGACAUCCAAUAUGAGCCAGCUGUUGAAUUCAGGGGUUCCACGGAGGAUUCUUCAAACAGUCAAUAAGUUAUGGAUGGUUCUUAAUACUGUGAUGCCUAGAAGGCUGUGGGUAAUGACAGUUAAUGCCCUUCAACCUUCCAUAAAGUUUGUACGACAACAAAAGUAUACCCAGAAUGACCUGAUGAUCGAUCCCCUCAUUGUCCUAAGGUGUGAUCAGAGGGUUUACAGAUGUCCCCCCUUGAUGGAUAUUACUCUACACAUGUUGAAUGGAUAUCUUCUUGCAUCUAAAGCUUACCUCAGUGCUCAUUUGAAGGAAACAGCAGAGCAAGAUAGGCCUUCUCAGAAUAAUACAGUAGGUUUAGUUGGACAAACUGAUGCCCCAGAAGUUACCAGAGAAGAACUGAAAAAUGCAUUAUUGGCUGCUCAGGACAGUGCUGCUGUCCAGAUUCUCUUAGAGAUUUGUUUACCUACGGAAGAGGAGAAAGCCAAGAGUGUCAAUCCAGAUAGCUUGUCCAGAAACUCUCAGAGUGUCAUCACCAGCAGUAGUCCGAGUAAGGACAUGGAGGAAAGCGAAGACAAUCUGCUCUGUAACCUUCGGGAAGUUCAGUGCCUUAUCUGUUGUCUAUUGCAUCAAAUGUAUAUUGCAGAUCCCAACAUUGCUAAACUUGUUCACUUUCAGGGUUAUCCAUGUGAACUCUUGCCUCUGACAGUCGCAGGUAUUCCGUCUAUGCAUAUUUGUUUGGAUUUUAUACCUGAGCUUAUUGCACAGCCAGAACUUGAAAAACAGAUAUUUGCUAUCCAGUUGCUUUCUCACUUGUGUAUCCAGUAUGCAUUACCAAAAUCACUUAGUGUGGCUCGCUUAGCUGUCAAUGUAAUGGGAACUUUGCUAACAGUUUUAACACAGGCUAAGCGGUAUGCUUUUUUUAUGCCAACUCUUCCAAGUUUGGUUUCUUUUUGCCGAGCAUUUCCUCCACUGUAUGAAGAUAUUAUGUCUUUACUGAUUCAGAUAGGACAAGUUUGUGCCUCUGAUGUUGCCACUCAAACAAGAGACAUUGAUCCAAUUAUUACACGUCUUCAACAAAUAAAGGAGAAGCCAAGCGGAUGGUCACAAAUCUGUAAAGAUCCAGCUAAUAAAAAUGGAUCCAGGGACACUACAAGCAUGGAUCCUGAUGUACAGCUCUGCCAUUGUAUUGAAAGCACAAUAAUUGAAAUAAUAAAUAUGAGUGUUAGUGGAAUUUAAAAAAAAUUUGAGUCAAAAAAAUAUGCUGUCUGCAGCAUAUAAUUGACAUGAAUCUGUAUCCUAUGUCAACUCCAAACUGAAUGAGAACAGUGAUGUCUCAGAAUUGCUGAAAUGACUCAAUUCAACAUGAGUACAAUUUAGAAUCUCUGAGAAUUAUGCUUGCCUGUAUUUGACUGGCACGUCUUUGGAUCUACUUUGCUGGUAUGUGUAUAUUGUAGCAGCUGAGCACAUGUAAGAACUCCUUCCUGGAAAGGGAGUUUGGCCUUCUAGUUAGCUUUUGAAGUGAGAAAGAUUGCCAUGCCUUUAGUUUCUUCUAAAAAUGGGCAUAUGGGUAACCCUAGUAUUUAACUGUGAGCUUAUAAUAAAGGUGGAUGAUGAGAGUGACAGAAAAGGAUCACAGAAAGGGUGAAUUCAGGAAAAAUGAGGAGUUAAAUACCCCAAUAGAAAUUUCAAAGACUUGCAAUGCAAGUAGUAGUGGUGUAGAUUAGAAUUCUAAUUCUCAAGAAGCAGUAUCGAGAAGGUUUUUAGAAAAGGCAAGUAGCUUCUAUAUAUGAUUUCCAUGGAAUUACAGGUGAGGAUUUAUAGAUACCACAUAUUUGCUUCAACUUUUACUAAUACAUGAAGCCAUACAUUUAAAGAGAUACUUGAAUAAUUUGGAAGUUAAGAUACUAGUUUAAAAGUGUUUACAGGAACAACAAAGAAGAACCUGAAAGGAAGUCUCAUUUAUUUUAUUUUUUAAAGUUUAUUUUUAUAAUGCUUUAUUAACUUAUCUAAUUCUCAGAGAGUGGAAUAUGUGUCAAAUUAAAUGAAAUUUAGAGCAAUAAAGCCCACUGGGUUCAAGAGCUCUUGGUUUAUCAUCAGGAUGAUAAUUCAUAUUUUACUUUGAGAAGAUCUUUGGAUAGAAAAAUACAUAUGGUGUUUGAACCUCAGGAAAAAUUAAAAUGUGGGAAAUACUGUCUUGCUAAAAAGGAUUUUGCAGUCCUCUGGUAGUAACUUCCAUGGUUUAGGCUGGAUGCAUUCAGGUAACCCAUAAGCCUCAUUUCCAUCCCCCAAAUUAAGUAUCUAGUGCAGAAGGUACUUCUUUCUCUCUGAGAUAUACCUCAAUCAAUCACUUUUCUCCCCACUUGAAACAGACCUCUUCACUUCACUUGUAAAAGAAAUUAGGCAAGUUAAUUAAAUAAGCGUGUUUUCUAAGAAAAGAAAUUUAACUUCAGCCUUUUCACUAGCAAAUAUACAUCUCGUUUUUCUUCUUUGUAAAAUGGGGUUCCUAUUGGCCCUACCUCAUAAAGGUAUUCUACAAAAACUAGUUUGUAGCUGUUUCCAAUAAUGAAGUACAUAGUAUCAUGUGUGAUAGAAUAUUUAUAACUUUUUAUUACGUGCUUAAGGUUCAAUUAAAUAAUUUCGAUGUGAAAAAUAAAAUAAUAUGCUUAAAAUGCCAUAAGAAUUUUCAUAUUUUUAAAUAAAGCAGUUUUGUAGUAUCUUAAGAUUAAAUACAACUGCUCCUGUUUUGUUUGAUUUUUAAACUGAGGCCUUGGAGUAUUUUGUGUGAAUAUGUAUCACCUUCAGAAAAGGUUGCAGCAAGGUUUCUAACUAAAUUCAGUACAUACGUCCUGGGUCCAUUUUCAAAGACUGGUUAAAACCUGCUGUGUAAAAAUAACAACAUGUGCUGUUUUUCAUCAGAUUUGUUGAUGAUGUAAAUAAAACAUGUAAAUAUAUUAGUAAAUGUUAAUAUUCAUGUAUUUUAAGUUAAGAUUAUAAAAUUUGUCACAAUGUGAUUUUUUUAUUCAAGUGAAAACAGAUGUGUGCAGCUAUUUUGAAUAUUGAUUUAUAAACAUUCAUAUUCUUAUCAAAUGAA